AUGAAGAAAUGGUUGGGAUUUUCAUUGACACCUCCUUUGAGAAUCUGCAAUAGUGAAGAAGAAGAACUUAGGCAUGACGGUUCCGAUGUUUGGAGAUAUGAUAUUAACUUUGAUCAUCAUCAUCAUGAUGAAGACGUUCCAAAGGUGGAAGAUCUCCUCUCAAACUCUCAUCAAACCGAGUAUCCUAUAAACCAUAACCAAACCAAUGUCAACUGCACCACUGUGGUUAACAGGUUAAACCCACCCGGUUACCUUCUCCACGACCAAACCGUAGUUACACCACAUUACCCGAACCUAGAUCCGAACCUUAGCAAUGAUUAUGGAGGUUUUGAGAGGGUCGGUUCGGUCUCGGUUUUCAAAUCUUGGUUAGAGCAAGGCACUCCAGCAUUCCCACUCUCGAGUCAUUACGUUACUGAAGAGGCUGGUACGAGCAAUAAUAUUAGUCAUUUUAGUAACGAAGAGACUGGUUAUAACACCAAUGGCUCAAUGCUAUCAUUGGCUUUGAGCCAUGGGGCUUGUUCUGAUUUGAUCAACGAAUCGAAUGUAUCCGCACGGGUCGAAGAACCGGUUAAGGUAGAUGAGAAGCGGAAGAGAUUGGUUGUUAAACCUCAGGUAAAGGAAUCCGUUCCUCGGAAGUCGGUUGAUAGUUAUGGACAAAGAACUUCUCAGUAUCGUGGAGUUACAAGGCAUAGAUGGACAGGGAGAUAUGAAGCUCACUUAUGGGAUAAUAGCUGUAAGAAGGAGGGACAGACAAGGAGAGGAAGACAAGUGUAUCUUGGAGGGUAUGAUGAGGAGGAGAAAGCAGCGAGGGCAUAUGAUUUAGCGGCUCUGAAGUAUUGGGGUCCUACCACUCACUUAAAUUUCCCUUUGAGUAAUUACGAAAAGGAGAUCGAGGAACUCAAUAACAUGAAUCGGCAAGAAUUUGUUGCCAUGUUGAGGAGGAAUAGCAGCGGGUUUUCGAGGGGAGCUUCCGUGUAUAGAGGAGUUACAAGGCAUCAUCAACAUGGAAGGUGGCAAGCCAGAAUUGGAAGAGUUGCUGGAAACAAGGACUUGUACCUUGGAACAUUUAGCACGCAAGAAGAAGCAGCGGAGGCGUACGAUAUCGCGGCAAUUAAAUUCAGAGGCCUAAACGCUGUAACCAAUUUCGAUAUAAAUAGAUAUGACGUGAAGAGGAUAUGUUCAAGCUCAACGAUUGUUGAUAGCGACCAGGCCAAACAUUCUCCCACCAGCUCUGGCGCCGGCCACUAA